AAUUACGCAAUCAAUCGUGGAAGAACGGGGAGGAUACUUAUGGUAACCGACAUUUUACUAGUCUGCUAAAGAUUCAAAACCAUGAACGAAACAGCUUCAAAUGAAUCAAGUGGUGCCUUGAUAGGCCCAGUGGAUAUAAUCCUACUCCUUUCAUUUCUAUGUGGUGCAAUUUAUUUCUUUUUCCGAAGAAAGAAAAAAGAAGACGCGACGUCGGAACUGGACUUAGGCCUCAAGCAAGCUGCACAGCCAACUCCGUCAGCUUCUGCGCUUUCAAGUACCUCAAGCUUUGUCACGAAAAUGAAGAACUCUGGUAAGUCCAUUGCAAUUUUUUAUGGAUCCCAGACAGGCACAGCAGAAGAAUUUUCGAACCGACUUGCUAAGGAUGCUCAACGUUACAACCUCAAAGCAUUGGUUAUAGACCCAGAGGAAUGUGAUGUAGAUGAUUUACCAAGCAUAAGAGAUGAACUUAGCAAAUCAUUGGUUGUUUUUGUCAUGGCAACUUAUGGAGAAGGGGACCCCACUGACAAUGCACAGGAGCUCUAUGAGUGGCUACAUGAGGAACAAGAUUUGAAUGGGCUCAAUUUUGCUGUAUUUGGACUGGGAAACAAAACAUAUGAACACUACAAUUCAGUUGGACGGUAUGUUGACAAACGACUUGCAGAACUUGGAGGGAAUAGGGUGUGUGAUAGAGGUGAAGGUGAUGAUGAUGCAAACAUAGAAGAGGACUUUGUCAAUUGGAGAGAGACAUUUUGGCCAAAAGUUUGUCAAUUUUUUGACAUCCACAUAAGCAAAAAGAAAAUACAAAGGUCACUUUCAGUUGUUGCACAACGAGAGUUUAGGCUUAAUAUCCUCACAGAUGUCCCAGAAGAAAAGAUAUUCAAAGGGGAGAUAGCUCGAAUUGGCACAUUUGCUAAUCAAAGGCCCCCAUAUGAUGCAAAGAACCCAUAUCUUGCACCUAUAAAGGUGAAUAGGGAGCUGCAUCAAAAUGCAUCAGACAGGUCUUGCAUGCAUAUUGAAUUGGAGAUUGAGGGUUCAGGUAUAAGGUAUCAUGCUGGAGACCAUGUAGGAAUAUAUCCUGUCAAUGACCAAGAGCUGGUAAACAAGCUAGGUGAACUACUGGAUGUUGAACUUGACACUGUUUUUAAACUGGUAAAUGUAGAUGAAGAUGCCACAAAAAAGAGCCCUUUUCCAUGCCCCACAACAUACCGCACUGCUCUGCUCCAUUAUGUUGAUAUUGCAAAUAUUGUUAAGACCCACAUUUUAGCAGAGCUGGUGCCAUUUGCUUGUAAUGAAGAUGACAGAGAUUUCCUUUCCAAAAUAGUUGGUGGAGAUGAAGAAGGGAAAAGUUUGUAUAAUGAAUGGGUAGUCAAGGAUCAUAGAAAUAUUGUUUCUAUUCUGGAGGAUCUUCCAUCAGUAAGGCCACCUUUAGACCUUCUUCUGGAACUUCUUCCCAGGUUGCAAUGCCGCUAUUACUCAAUUUCUUCUUCCUCAAAGCUGCAUCCUACAAGGAUUCAUGUAACUGCUGUUGUUGUUGAUUGGAUGACCAGAAUAGAAAGAAGACAAAAAGGUGUAGCUACAACAUGGCUCAAAGAAAAGACCCCUUCAGAAUCUAGCAUCACAAAGGUACCAAUAUUUGUGAGACAUACAACAUUUCGUCUUCCAGUUAAGCCUUCUACACCAGCCAUUAUGAUAGGUCCUGGCACUGGUCUUGCCCCAUUUAGAGGCUUCAUACAGGAAAGAUAUCUGCAAAAACAGGCUGGAGCACCAUUGGGGGAGACAGUGCUGUUUUUUGGAUGCAGAAAGAAGGCAGAAGAUUAUCUUUAUAAAGAAGAGCUUGAAUCUUACGAAGCUGAUGGAACAUUGGCCAAGUUGUUCCUGGCAUUUUCUAGAGAUCAAGCACAUAAAAUCUAUGUCACACAUCAUUUGAAAGAGCAAAGGGAGUAUAUAUGGAAGCUUAUUGAGAAGGGUGGCCAUAUAUAUGUAUGUGGAGAUGCACGCACUAUGGCUAAAGAUGUUCAUAGUAUUUUAGAAGAAACCUGCAAAGAAUGUGGAGGUAUGACAAAUGAAGCUGCAGCAAGUUACAUAAAAAACUUGAGCAACAAAAACAGGUAUUCUGUAGAUGUUUGGAGUUAAAAUGUGUUUUAAGCUGGUCCUUUUAUACAAACACCCUGUUAUCAUCAAUUUAGAUAAGACUGUUUUGCAUAAAUUCCAUUGAUAUUAGAGACCUCAUACUCAGCUGUCAGUUCAGCUAAUUCUUCAAUGAAGAUACAGCUAACCUUUAUGAAUUUAGGGCAGUUUUAGUAAAGUCUUUACUUAAAACCGAUUAUGGAGCAUUUUAGUGUCAAUGCUUUCAGACAAGCUUUUCAAAAAUCCUUGUUUGCAUAGUUAGGUUUAUAAUUUGUCAUCUUUAGAUGCUAUUCAAAAAACACCUGCCUGAUUGUAACACAAAGAUUUUGACUGAUGAAAUAUCUAAAAUGGAGUCUUAUUUUCUCCUUAUAAAUUAUGAUACUUUUUCCUAAUUUAGUUCCAAUUCACCUGUAUUUUCUUGUCUUUUAAGUUUCUUCAUUUAUUAGACAAUACCCAUUUCCAAAAUAUCACAAAAAUUCAUUUCUUUCCCUCUUUUCUGAGAUUUUCCCUGUUUCAUUUAGUAAUUAUUAUUUGCAAACACAAUAUUUCUAUGAAAUAUUUUUUAUGAAAUAAAAAGAUAUUACAGCCCUGGAAAGUACUGUUGUUACUAAUAGCCGCUCUUGACCCCAUAAAAGAUAAAUUUUUAACUCUCUUGUGCUAUUCUUAAUGCUGCAGAUUUAUGUAGCGACUUCUUCAUACAUUAAAAAAAUUGUAGUUAUCAUAUAUUUCAAAUUUUACUCUUUUUUUUGGGGGGGGGGGCAUAUUUCUAGCCUUGAUUUUGGAAGCACCCAUUUGAAAGGCGAGACAAUUGCAAGAUGGCAUUGUUUUAUAAUUCCCCUACAUUUUUUUGGCUUUCACCAAAAAGGAAAAGCCCUUGUUGCUGUUGUCACUAAUUGAGAUUGUCAUGACUUUUAAAUCAGGGAUAGUAUAUAGUCUGAGGACCACAAGGAAAUGGCUGCAUUAUGAAGAGUUUCUGUAAUUAUCACCAAAGCUAUCUUGUUGAUUAAACAUGGUAUUGUGUAUAUUUUUGGAGUAGGGUUUAAAUGUGGACAAAUGAUCCAUUUUGGUAGAAAUCAGUAUCAAAACAAAAAGUCCUAUUUGUCUUGAGUACAAACUACCUUAGACUCAAGUUCAUCCCUAGUUUGAUUCAUUAUUACUAGUUUCUCAAAUGGUUUAAAGAUCUUUGUAAGUGCUGCAGCCCUAGAUAUUUAAUUCCUUUAAAGGUGUCCUGGUAGUGUUAUGAAAAUUUAUGAAGAGUAUUCAAUAUGAAAAACUUAAGACGCAGUGCUCUGAAUGAUAUUGAAUACCAUAUUUGUAUAAAAUCAAAAAACGUUUCUGAUAACAGUUUAUACCAUAAAAUUGUUUUUCAAUUUUACUUUAAAUUUUUUCCGAAAAUGAACAACAAUACAUUUAUAAUGUUUUGACUCUUCUC